AAUAUGUGGACUAUAUUUGUGGACUACUUGUGGACCAUGAUACCAUAUAUUUCUAUAUAAAAUAUGUCUCUUACCUGCUGGCUGAAGUGUUUGCAAGAGGGGAUUUUCUAACAUGGCUCAUUUACCUCUAGAAGUCUGGAAUCCAGGACUCUCUACACCCAAGUACUGGUGCAAAUUGGAAGCUAUAAGCCUCCCUGUGGAGUUAUUUGUGUUGCCUGUACAGAAAUGGCACUUGGUGGCUGCUUGAAUACUGUGUGGUGAAGUAUUUGCUGCAGUUUGUGUUUCCUUUUUGCUCUGGUAAUUGAGACAUUUGAAAAAAGUUAGCAUAUUUGAGAUGUUAGCAUGGGUGUUUGAUGCUUGCGCAAAAGUCAGCACACUGUCACCAUUCAGUCUACGGCUCAUUGCCUAACAUUAUUGUGUUCAGCAGAGAAAGUGACAGGAGAUGAAUGUGAGAAUGUUCCAGCUCAGUGUUGCUCUCUCUGCUCAUAAUUUCAAACAGCUUGACUAAUCAACCAUCCAUGGUUGACAAAGCUGAAGCACCAGAACAUAACUGCUGCACUAUUUAAGGUGGAAGGGAAAACAACAAAAAGGUGAAUCUGAAGGUUUAAGUUGUGAUUAAACUUGUUUUCUAUUUUCAUCUAUACAAAGUUGGUGGAGGAGGUGGUGGUGGUGGGUUUGGACGAAUGGUUGGUGAAGGAGGUGGUGGUGGUCUUGGACGAAAGGGUCGACAUGCAAGAAUGAAAGCCAACAUAGAUGAAGAUGGUGGUCUUGAAAGAAUGGACCCCCUGCUGCAGCUCAUCUCCCUCCAGAAGGCUUCAGGCUGCUGGGAAGUGGACGGUACGCUGGCGAAGGUGUUUGGGAGGACAGAAGAAGAGGUGGUCAAACAGACCCCUGCACAGGUGGAGAAGGGGGUCUGGGCUACAAUUCUGGCUCUGAUCUGGUUACACGGGUUUAAGAUGGACGCUCAGGUUGAGUGGCAGUUUGUGGCCAUGAAGGCAGUAACAUGGAUCCGCAACCAGAAAGUGGUCAGUCUUUCUGAGAGUGUUCGUGUGGGUAAUGAUCUGCUGGGCUGCCAGGUUAAAGAAGAGGAUCUUGGACUCUGAAGUUACUCUGCCCCCUGCAAACAGACUGAGAUGGUCUUACAACCAAAAAAAAAGUAGUUUUAUAUUAGCAUUUCACCAAAUAAUGUUGCUGUUCAGGUUCCAGAGGAUUUUUUAUUGCUCUUGUGCGUUUGAAUAAUUAUGUACAGUGAGACAUAAAGGUUACCUGUGGGAAUCUUGCAUGUUUCUGUUGAAGUAACUUUUGAAAAUUAUGUUCAAUAAAAUGCCAGUGCCAUUAAUGCAAAUAAAAUUCUGAAAGUUUA